CUUGUUUCUCUAAGUAAACGAAGCCCUAAUGUCUCUCUUUCUCUCUCUUUGUUUUGCUCUUCUUCUUUCUCUUUGCCAUGGCUCUCGUAUCCAACCCCGUGCUGUCCCUCUCGAUGGGCUUCUCCCAAAUGGAAACUUUGAGCAAAUUCCUCGAAUAUCAGACAUGAAGAACAGGCAAAUCAUAGGCAAAUACUCACUCCCACACUGGGAAAUCUCCGGCCACGUGGAGAUAAUCUCCGGUGGCCCACAGCCAGGUGGAUUCUACUUCCAGGUGCCACGUGGCGUCCACGCGGUCAGGCUGGGGAACUUGGCCUCGAUCUCUCAGAACGUGCGAGUGAAGCGCGGCUCGAUCUACUCUGUAACGUUCGGAGCGACGAGGACGUGCGUUCAGGACGAGAGGGUCCGUAUAUCGGCGGCAGGACAGGUGAGUGAACUGCCGAUUCAGACAGUGUUCAGUUCGGACGGAGGGGACACGUACGGUUGGGCGUUCGAGGCAAUGUCCGAUGUGGUUACAGUCACGUUCCAUAAUCCAGGUGUUCAAGAAGAUCCUUCUUGUGGACCCCUCUUGGAUGCUGUUGCCAUUAAGGAGAUGCUUCCUCUCCGGUACACUAAAGGAAACCUUGUGAAAAACGGAGGAUUCGAGAUCGGCCCCCACGUGUUCAAGAACUUCUCCACCGGAGUAUUGAUUCCGGCGAAGAUCCAAGACAGAAUCACUCCUCUUCCCGGUUGGAUCGUCGAAUCACUCAAACCAGUCAAGUACAUCGACAGCCGUCACUUCAAGGUCCCCGCCGGACUCGCCGCCGUCGAGCUCGUCGCCGGCAGAGAGAGCGCCUUAUCUCAGAUCGUCCGUACAGUUUCCGGCAGAAACUACACGCUCUCCUUCACCGUCGGCGACGCCCGCAACGACUGUCACGGGUCCAUGAUGGUGGAGGCCUUCGCGGCCAAGGAGACGCUAAAACUGCGUUUCGAAUCGCGGGGCAACGGCGCGUUUAAAACUGGGCGCUUCGCGUUUCGGGCCAUUUCGGUCCGCACGAGGAUAACGUUCUAUAGUGGGUUUUAUCAUACCAAGCUGCAUGACUUUGGGCAUCUUUGUGGACCUGUUCUUGAUGAUGUUAAGGUUGUUCCGGUCCGUUAAUUGAGAUUUUUUUUCCCAAUCAAUUUUAAAUUUAAAUGUAAGAAAUAAACGUGUUACUUUAUUA